CAGGUGCUCUAGAUAUCUGCUUGGAAAAGGAUGAGGAGGAUCCAAACGCCACAAAGGGCUUAACUCCCUGGAAUACUUUUUUCCUUAUAUUAUACAUAUUUCUUUCAAAGGACUGCUUAAAGGAGGGUUACAGUAAGAUGGAAAUAAAACAGGAUGUCUUGAGGCUAUUUUUACCAUGCCAGUGUUUGGUGUCAGCACCAGGGUACCUUGUUGGUGUUAUCCUGAAACAAAAUAACUUUGUUUGUAUCACUGGGCUUGUGCACAAUGCCAGGAAUGGACAUCUUUUCGAAGAUAUUAAAACUAAGAAAGAUAACAUGAGGGUUGUUGGAAGGUGGAAAAGACUGAAUGAGGAUCCACUGAUGAAAGGCGAUAUUCAGGUUGAUGGGAGAAAUGAUAUUUGGAUAUUACUGGAAGAGGGAAUUUCAGGUCUUCCAACUUGUACAGUUAGUGAAGACUUUAUGGUCACAAAUCACCUCACAUGUGUGACAGUUAUCAUUUUUGAUGCUUCAUUGCUGCUGGCAUCCAUGUGUAUUAGAGAUAGGUUUAACUGUUACCAAGAAUCGAAAUCUACAGUUCUGGCAUGUUUGGUGAAAUGUUUAAAAACUCGCCAAGAGGCUUCUGAAGAAAUAAACUCUAGAAUCAAGGAACACAACACAUAUGAAAGUUUUACACAUUUAAUAGAACCUGGUCCAGUGGAAAGUUUUUCCACUUUCAGUUUAAUGACUGUGUUUCAUAAACUGCUUCUGUUGGUAGUGGCAUGUGGAAGCAAGAUAGGAAAUUCAAGGUUUUUCCAGAACAAAGUUUCAGAUUUCAUUUUGAGCUUGUUUGCUUCUGUUACCCAAAUUAAGCUAAAGUACAGGCAACUUUGUCGAGCAGUUAUGGACACAGGAGAGGGAUCAGGUGCACACUUUAGAGUCCAGAACAUAGCCAGCCUUUUGUUGUUAGACAUUGUCAUUGGCAUCUUAUUUAUGAUGUGGAUGUCCAGCAGUGCUCAAACAGAUUUAAUAGCCAACUGGAUGAUGACACAGGCUGAUCAUGUGAGCAGGCAGCUGAAUGUUCUGUUAAAGUGGAUGAUGGGCUUUCCUGCAGGUCUGAAACUCAACAGCCAGUUAGAUCAGCUGCUAGGGAACUUCUUUUUAUAUCACAUUUUUCUUUGGACAGGCUACCUUAAUCUGCUCAGGCCAGUGUUAAGUCAUGUUUUGCUGUUCAUCUCAUAUAUGGGCUGUCUAGGCUUUACAGUACAACUUUGUCUCCUGAGGGAUCUGGUCUCCAUGGCAACACUUCAUAUCUAUUGUUUUUAUGUCUAUGCUGCAAAACUUUACAAUCUGCAGGUCUCUGUCCUUGGUUCACUUUGGAGAUUAUUCAGAGGGAAGAAGUGGAAUGUUUUGAGACACAGAGUUGAUUCAGCUUCAUAUGAUGUAGACCAGCUGUUUAUUGGCACUCUUCUGUUCACCAUCCUCCUGUUUUUGUUGCCUACUACUGCUCUGUACUAUGUGGUCUUUACAGCAUUAAGGCUGUUGGUGCUUACGUUCCAAGGAACACUCUUCAAAACUGUUGGAUUUGUGAACAGUUUACCAAUAUAUAGUGUGAUAUUGAGAUUAUUCCAUUCAGAACAGAUAGCUGGUGACAUUUGCCUUGAAGUUUUGAACAAAAUUUCCCAAGGCCCACUUUAUUUGACUUGUGCAGUGAUUCAACUUCCUUUCUCCAAGAUUUACAGUAUGUUUCGUCUGGAUGUGCAGAAAACAGAAUCGUAUUACACAUGGACAAAGUUUGGCAAAAGACUCAUUUUAGGAGAAUUGGUAUAUCCUUGGGUUGAAAAGGGAGACUGAUAAACUAUUCACUGUUCUCUGUCAAAAAGGAAAUUAAAGCAUACGCUUAUUAAAACAAGCAUAAGUUAAGGUCUGGGCAUAAUAUAACCUUCAAAUGGCCUCGGUUUGCAAAAUGUUGGAAGAUUUACUCUGAGACUUAAUGACCUGCCUGGCUGCGUUGUGGGUAAAAAUAUUACCUAUGUAAAGUGUGUAUUUUUUAAGCAGGCAUGGGAAAAGAUGUGGUCAUUUGCAGAAUCUCUUACCUUUGGAGUGAUUAGUUUCAGACCAAACGGUACCUGCAGUAUUUUGAUACGUUAAACCAUGUUAUAUUCUGUAAAUAAAAUUAUAUAAUAAAUUAAU